AUGAGUACUAAAGUGCAGAAAUUGAUGACCCAACCCAUUAAUCUGAUGUUUAGAUUCUUGCAGAACAAAUCGCGCAUCCAAGUAUGGCUCUACGAGCAGGUGAACACGAGGAUUGAAGGCCGCAUCAUGGGCUUCGAUGAGUACAUGAACCUGGUAUUGGAUGACGCCGAGGAGUUGGAUGUGAAAAACCUCAAGCGUACGCCAUUAGGUCGCAUCUUGCUGAAGGGAGACACCAUCACGCUCAUGAUGGCCGUCGAUACGACCAACGGAUCCAACUAG